AUGCAUGGAGCCUCGGCCGCCUCGGCUGCCUCGGCCUCCGCCGGGCCCGGCGCUGUCGGCUGCUGGGCUGCGUCCCACAAGCUCUUCUCCGCGCUCGAGGCGAAUUGCUGGCGAUUCGUGCAGAGCUACCCGAAGCUCAGCAGAGCGAUCACAAACCGCAAGGACACCUUGACCAACCGGGAAGAUUUCGAGGAAAUCGUGACCUUCUUGACAUCAGUCCCGCUGUUCAAGAACCAGCUCCCCAGGUCUGAGCUGCCGAAGGUGGCCAGGAACCUCAAGCGGAAGGUAUGGGAGCCUGGCACAGAAAUUGUCAAGCAGGGAGACCUAGGCAAAGCCUUCUUCCUCAUCAUGUCGGGCGAGGCAGAUGUUCUCACACGGAGUGGUGACAGCUGCCACGACCAUGUCCGCGCGACGCUGAGGAAGGGUGACUACUUUGGUGGAAGGACCUUGCUGGAGGAGCGUAGCAACGUGGCGACGAUCCGAGCUGGCAGCGAGGCGAGCCUGGUGACUUUGUCGAUGUCAAGAAGGACCUUCUAUGACACAGGCAUCGCCAAGUAUUUGAAGUUUCCAAAACGAGCCGCAAUCUACAACGAGCAUCCCACAGCGACAACUCCGGGGGAGUACAAGUCCCAGAAGAAGACGGAGGAGGAAACGAUGUUUAUUGCAUGUGCCGUCAGAAACAAUGCGAAUCUGCGUGCUCUCAUUCAAACGGAUCAGGAGCAGCUGAGAAAAAUUGCAGCAUCUGCAGAGCGGCGGGUGGUGGAGAAAGGCGUUGAGGUCGCGAAGCGUGGCGAGGUUGGUGACGAGUUCUUUAUAAUCCGAGAGGGCUCCUUCGACAUCGUCCUAAGUUCCCCCUCAGAUGCAGAACGAGCCUCCGCCGAGGAGCGUGUGGCUUUGACAACUAUGUCGGAAAGGUUGCUGAGGAAACAGCACUUUCUCCAGACAUUGACUCAGCCUAGCCUUUGCCGGACCUGGGGUCGGACCAUUUCGACCCUGCUCUCCCCCAAGAGCGGUGUGGAGGAGGACGUGCCUGCAUCUGCGGACAUGUUCCUCCGAGGAGUUUCUGGGCCUUGUGAGGCCUUGCGGCCGAAGCUCGGCUCACCGAAGCGCUCCAAGGACAAACGCGUGCGCGGCCACACAGACGGGGCCAAGCACUUCGUUGCGCAGUCCUUGACCAGCUUCAAGGGCAUCAAGGAAGUGCCAGACCUCGUGGUGCCCGAUUCGCCUAAGAGCGACGGACUUGAUGAGGACAGCACAGCUAGUACUAGUCCAAUGAGCAAAUUCGAAGUCCUGGGAGAAGGAGAUAGCUUUGGAGAGCUUUCCCUCCUUUACAACAUGCGACGAGAGGCGACCUUUCGUGCGCGGGAGACGUCCAUCAUCUAUGCGGUGCCACGACGUGGCUGGGAAUCCGCCUUCAGCCGAAAGGGGCCGCGUUUCGAUGAGUACGGCGCGUUACUCGAGGAGGUCCACGCACUUGAGCCCUUGGUCAGCUCCGAACGCUACGAACUUGCUUGUAAUGCUUCAGGCUUUGUGCACUUCCCUGCCGGUGAGCGCGUCAUCGCUCAGGGUAAAGUGAGACAGGCGAGGCAAUGGUAUGUCAUUUAUGCUGGCAGUGCUGUCAUGACAUGGGAUCGUCCUGAUGGAACUUCGGUGCAGCUGUCGGAGGUGGGGCGUCCCGGCUGCUUCGGCGAGCGAUCGCUCCUCAGAGGGGAUGCGGCCUACGACGUGAAUGUGACAGCUGGUGCGAAUGGCAUGACCUGUCUCACGUUUAAUGGCGAGACUAUUCGUGUCCUUCUAACCAGAAUAUACAAUGAUUCUCCUGGAUUCAUUCCAGACAUCCAUGCUGACGUCGAGGAAUGGUGCAAGCUUAAAGCCCAGCACGCAGCAGAAAGCAGCGUGGUCUCCCACUCGAUGGACUUUGCCGUCGGACAGACAUCUGUAGGUGCUGUCAGGAAUCUGGAAGGCUAUGCCAAGUUGCAAGUGCUGGGGCGAGGGGCCUAUGGCGAGGUGUACCUAGUUGAGGACGCCAUUCGAAAAAAGCAUUAUGCGCUGAAGGUGAUGUCAAAAGGACACAUACAGCGCAGCGGGAUCGUGCGCCAAGUGCGCUGGGAGAGGGAGCUGCUGUCCAUGUUAGAUAGCAAAUUCGUUAUUCGUCUCCAUCGGACGAUGUAUGAUUUCCAGCACAUUUACAUGUUGCUGGAAGUCGCACUGGGUGGAAAUCUCAUGGAGUUGCUUCAUACGCGGCCGCAGGUGUUUCUUGAGGACUCGCCGCGAGGCUAUGCGACAUGUUUCUAUGCCGCCUGCGUCACCGCGGCUUUAGAAUACCUCCACGAGCGAUCCAUCGUCCAUCGCGACAUCAAGCCCGAGAAUGCUAUGCUGGACGAGCACGGCUAUGCGAAGCUCUGUGACAUGGGCUUUGCGAGAUUCGUGCUCAACAAGACCAACACUUUAGCUGGCACGCCGGAAUACCUGGCGCCUGAAAUGAUCGAUUACCCGCACGAUCACGAUUUGUUUGUGGACUGGUGGGCGCUGGGCGUCAUGGUUUACGAACUUCUGGCUGGGCAAACGCCCUUCCACGACGAGGGCAUCGCAGAUCCCAUGGCACGGCUUUUGGCCAUCCGGCGGAGCCAGGAGGAGGCUAUGCAGGAUGGCAUUUGCUUUCCCUUCCACUUCCCGAGCCCAUCCAAAGGCUUCGUCCAGGACUUGCUUCGGCGAUGUCCUGACAGACUCGGAUGCAGGGGCGGGUCUCGAGCCGUGCAGCAGCACGACGUCUUCAGGCUAAAGAAGUUCAACUUUGCAGCGCUGUACGAACGCAAGCUGCCGAGCCCUUUCUGUCCAGAAGUGGACAUUCCGGAGGUUGGCGCCGACGUCGAACCCGACAACAGUUUCACUCUCGAGCAUCACUCUUCGCUGUAUGCUCCCGUCGACAACUCGGAAGACACUUGUCGCAAUCAUUUAUACAUGGCCAGAUUGCAAAAGGCAGCAAAGGAUGCGCCCACACCUGCCGCAUCAUCUGCGUCGCCAGCUGCACCCGCAGCCGAGCAAGAGCAGCCAAUCGAGAUGCCAGCAGCUGCGUCUUCCACACGGACUGAGGUGCAAGACACGCCGGCUUCCUUGUCGAUAUCCGGCAGGAAGCCCGUCAAGCGAGAAUGGUACCAGAGCAACACGCAUGUGUUCAUAACCCUCUUCGCCAAGGGCGUGGAUCAGGAGUCCUGCCGAGCGGACUUCCAAGAGAAGGAGAUCUCAGUGGUGUUCCCACUUCCGGGGUCUGCGGAGGAGGAAUACCAGCUCAACUUAGACCUUUUUGACUCGGUGAACCCUGCUGGCUGCAAGAUCGAGGUUUCAAAGGUGAAAGUUGAGGUGACGCUUGAGAAGCAGAACGUCAGCCUUCACUGGAAGGAUUUGGAGAGGAAGGAGGUGGCGGUGGUAGAGGUCCCACCCGACCUGCCAGCAUAUCCCACCUCCUCGAAGCAGAAGCGUGAUUGGAGUCAGAUUGAUCGUGAGAUCGAGGAGCUGACGUGCUACGUGGCGCUGAGUGGCUGCGCUGGGGGCCUCGACGCCUUGGACUUCCUCCAGCGGCUCCUCCAAGGUCACUACAUCACUUUCGCUUUUCCCUUCGCGGAGAAUCUGGCGCUGAACUUGGAGGUCUUCAGCGUGUGGAUGGCACCAGUGGCAGAGAUCCUGGGAGCACGAAUUGCUUGGGGCUCUUACUUGAGCCCUUCAAUGCUCUUUGAGACGCCGAGCCCACAAGUGAUGUCGAUGAGCAGUCAGUACGCACAGCCUAUGUUUCAUCCUGGCCAAAUGGCGGCAGUGCAUUUCCGCACUAUGCCCUCACGCCCGCCUGAUCCAAUGCGAACAAGAAUGCCUGGCGGGGUCUGGGGUGAGAUGGCUUCAAUGAUGCCCGGCUGGCCGGGCGCUAUUGCUGCGGAUGUGGGGCGAAUGCAGCCUUUCGGCAGCAGCAGCACAGAAGAGCAGCGAGUGCAGGUCUACGGCUUGGAUACGGAGGGCUAUGCAUCCUCCUCGCGGGAUCGACCCCACGGAUUUCACUCCAACAAGCGUCGCAACGACAUCGACGUUCUCUGCACGGGCUGCAGAGAUGCAGUACCUGCAGGAGAAGGGUGGCUGGGCACGGGUGUUUUCCACGGCCAAGUCUACUGCUCGUCCUGUUGGGCCAAAUGGACGGCGCCGUGA